AAGUCCGACGACAAUGUUUGAAAAUUUUUCACAAACGCUCAGAUAUCAUUUCAUAGAGAAGAAAAAGAAAAAUGUUGGCAGGGCGUGUUAUUUCUAGACGGUUUCCUAUGGCGGUCGCCGAUUUCAACCCUAUAGACGUCCAACGACGACGUAGACGUAGUAGUAUAUCAAUAGAGCUCUUUCGUGUGUGCGUCAGUGUGUGUGUAUUCGAUAUACAUCUAGUGCCAUUGAAUAAUCAAUGAUACGACCCACUUUUGCUCUAGCCUAGUCACAACACACAGGGCGUGCCGCCCUCUGAGAACUACAUAGCGCGUCCUAUAUAAUAAUAUCCUUUCUCUCGUUUCGUGACGUUAUUCGGUUUUUGCGUUCCGCUCUGUCCGGCAUCGACAGGAUAACACAACUAUAAGCUAUAUAACUCUAACUAUUUAUAAACGACACGUGAACACAAUAACACAGCGCCAGAAAAUGAUGCAGCUAUGAAAAUAUCUGUGAUGACGUAUAAACUCGGACGGCUAGACAGAUUUGCGAGAUAUACUACUUUAGUACUACACCGGGAUUGUACAGCUCGCUUUUAAACAUUCAUAUAGCCGCUUGUUGUUGUUCUGUCUACGCAAGUAAAUCGUAACACGGCUGUGUCUUUUAUGCCAAUGCGUCCGAUACAUUCUUUGAUGCGAAAGAGAAUUGAAUUGAUAUCGUUAUGUCACAGGAGAGCAGAUAGAGAGACGAGAUUUUCCCGCUGGCCGUCACAUGUACCAACUCAACGACGUAGGACGUUAAUUAAUGGCCCCCAUAAGAAUAAGAAGCCGGUCUCAUGAGGAGUAAAUCAAUGCGCCAGCUUUGACGCACAGACAAGAUAAACAAGAAAAUGAAAAAAAAGGAGAGAACAAAAAUAUAUAUAGGCUAAAGCGCGACGUCAAGUUAUCAAGGAUCCCAAGCGUUGAAAGUAGUUUCCAACGUCAUCGACGGCUCUCGGCAACAAUAAUAACAAUACGAUGCGCAGUUUCACGGAAAAUAAAAGCUAAAAGAUUUUCAGGAACUUGAUUUUCGACGUGCUCUUCAUCCGGUAGAAUCAAGAUUAGCUACCGUAGUGAAACAAAACCUAUUUUCUAUCCGAUACGAUUCUGGCUGUUGAAUUUGAUACGAUGAUCUUGAAUUAAAAAUAGACGACCAUGGAGGUGGACAACAAGCUAAUCGUUGGCAAUUUUAUGAGGAAAACGAAAGGCGAAUGCGCAACGUAUACCCCAAAGCUCCUUCAAAAACAAAUUUGAUCUGAAAGCAUCAGUGACAUGAAUCAAAACCGACACCGUCCAGUGUUUCCAAGUCAUUUCCAUGUUUCAAAAUCCCGAUCAGAUUAGUUUUAAGUACACUCACGCGCGUAACCUACGACACUAUUCGGCACACUCGGCUGCACGAGAGAAUAAUGAGAAAUGGGGAAGGUUCAAAUCUAUAUAGUUCUGUAUAUAUAGUAACAGCAGCAGCAAAGCCAGUCCACAAAUAAUGCUGAUGGGGUCGAUUGAGUAAGACGGAAAAUUCAGGCCACUAUUGUGUUAAGGCGGCCUAUAUAGACGAGUCAAACGCCCUCCCCCUCCCUAAAAAAAGAAAAAAAGAAAAUCCCGAAUGACGCACGCACGUACCACGCACGCACGACGUCCUCGACGACACCAACCAGCAUGCGCCGCGAUCUCCACUUUUGCAUUCCCCGUCGUCUUCGACCGUGACAAAGAAUAACACCAUCAAUACAAAAUAUCAACACAACCCGUAGCUCGUUUCUCCCAUCAAAAUUAAAAAAAAAGAAAUAAGAGGCUGAUCGAAUAUAAGAGCGUUUCAAAGUUGCGGGAAAUGCUCGUCUGCUGUGUGUUUACUUUUGACAUGUCGUCUGCUGCACUGUUAAAAAGGCAUCUCGAUAGAAAUUUAAGAUGUCUCCCUCGUAUAGUCGAAAUAUAGAUUAUCUUGACGCUUUUAUUUCAAAGAAAGAAUAUCGAAAAAGCUUUUCCAUUCUAGAUAAAAGUGUUAAAAGCUUAAAACAGUUAGAAUCGUUAUUAUUUCUCUUUUGACCUCGUGUACGAUGCUACUUUGCUUAUCCCCUCACAAAGCAAAGUUGGAUCAGCAAGAACGUAACGUCUAGUCAGCGAGAUUUGAGAAGGAGACAACCAAAAGAAGGAUCAACAACAUUUUGACAACUUUUGCCAUUAUACUAUUGGAUACUGCCGCCUAUUAUGGUUGUUGGGAUUGGCGUCCCACCGAUUGGAAUGUCCCCGCAUCUUCCUGAUCACGCCAUGGAAAAUCAGAGUAGCUGCCCUUCCGGCCAUAUUACAGAAUGUAGCACCCGUAAGAUGUCGUCCGAAGGAGUCGCCGUCUCAUCGACGUCGUCCAUUGGCAGCAGCAGCAUCGGUGUCGGAGGAGGCAGUGGCAUACUCCUGGACGCUGAAGACCGUUCCAGCACCUCGCCGAGUUUACCAUCCCUGUUCGGACUGCCUUUGAGGAUCCGAUCGGCUUCGCUACCGGCACUGAUUGAACUUUGCAUCAUGUGUUUCGAUGACGAAGGCAGUGUGCUGGAAUCGGCCGUCAACUACCCCAACAUCUUCUUCCUAAUGCACAAAUGGUUCACGACGUCCGAGUCGCUGGCCAACGACUUGUGGCAAUUGUUUGAAUCGGGUAAACCGUCCUAUCAUGGCGACUAUCUUAGUCUUCUCGCCACCAUCCAGCAGAGUGCCAGAACAGACGCCAACGGGAGCCAGGAGAUUGGUCCUUCUUCUCGUCCGCCAAGCGUUAUCCUGUCGCGAAAACAGGAUGAUUACAACGGAAACCUAGGCCUGAGAAGUCCAUCUCUGAUGCGAACAUCCAACGGCCGCUCCAAUUCGGUCCUGAUCCCGAGGCCGGCGUGCAUCGGUGCCGAAGACGACAACUAUUUCAGCUACCACUACAGUAAACUCAGUGCCAUGGCCUGUGAAGGUGUCGACAUGUCCAAUCCGUCGAUGGAGAAAUCGAGUUCAACCGAUAAAAAUCAAGUGGACCCACGGCCCAGUGAAACCUGUCCAGCGGGUAGCCAAUGCAAGCACGAUCGGCUAGCCUCGUGCCAAAUCUACAAAUUCCGGCGCUCCGUUUGCUACGCCGUCCGCUUCUGGAUCCGACAGUUCCCCGUUCACUUUGACCUGGACGCCAAACUGUCGUCUCUCAUCAAAGAUUGGCAACGUUGGCUGACCGCCGAUGAUCGAUCCAACUACGCCGAACUGGCCCCGCUCGUUGAUCUCGGCUGUCUGCCAUCCUACGACUGGAUCCGAAACAUUUCCGUUCGCGAUCCUAGCGUCAAACAUUGCCGCAAAGUCUCUUUGGUCUUCAAUCACCUGGAGCCGUCCGAGCUGGCCAAACAUUUGACCUACCUGGAGCAUCGCAUCAUGAGACGAAUCAGUUUUCAAGAUUACAAGCAGUACGCGGUGACCGGAUCACUAAACGACAAUCCCCGUCUGGAACGGUCGGUCAAUUUGUUCAACGGUCUCACUCAGUGGGUUCAAUGUAUGGUCCUCAGCCGGAGCACACCUCAGCAACGAGCCGAAGUCAUCGUUAAACUCAUUGACGUUACCAAAAAAUUGAAGGAACUCAGAAACUUCAACUCGCUGAUGGCCGUCGUUGGCGGACUGAGUCACAGCUCCUUGGCUCGUUUAACUCGGACGUCCUCACGCGUUCCGGCUGAUUCGCAACGGACGCUGGCCGAACUAACUGAAUUUCUUUCUUCUUCUUCCAACUUCUCUAAUUACCGACGAGCUCUCCAAGAGUGCAAAGGCUUCAAGAUACCCAUUUUAGGCGUUCACAUGAAAGAUUUGAUUUCACUUCACGUGGCUCUCUCGGAUUCACUAGAGGGUGGCCUCAUUAAUUUCCGUAAGAUGGCCCAACUGUCACUCAUAUUCCAAGAGCUCCAAGAGUUACAGAACGCCACACCACCACCUGGAGCCAACAUUGAUCUCGUCAACACCUUAAGGGUUUCUCUGGAAUUGGCGUACACGGAAGACGAAAUUUACGAAUUGUCACUAGCUCGAGAACCUAGAGAUUCAUUAUCCCCGCAAUCUUCACCUACCAGGCCAUUAUUACUGGGCGAAUGGCCAACGGCAGGACAAACUAAUCAAAUGCAAACUUCUUUAACUCCCAGUACAGCCGGCAGCUUAGUUCCACACGAAACGUCGCGGUCGUCGUCCCUUUCUUCACCUCAGACCAUUUCCCUGCCACUGCCAACGGAAUCUCAGUCGCUGCGGCUGAACUCGGCCGGCAGCGAUCACGAACAAGAAGGAUCGAGUGGCGGAUUCGGGACGGCGGAGCGUAAAAAGACCUUAGAGGAGAGAAUGAACGAAAUGGUCGACGCUGUUUUCGGCCAACCCAAACAUGAGCUGCUCAAACUCAUUCAACGUUCGCCUCCAUCAAGUAGUGCAGUUCCAUCAUGCGUGACGAGCGACGAAUUGACACUGCAGCAGCAACCGCAACAGCCAUCCAGUGCAGUUAUCGAAAUUGAUAGCCAAUCCAGACACGAUUUCCAAGAGACGAAUUCCUUCCGACCAUGUACUUGUGCCCACUGUAACGGACUGUUAUGGGGACCACUUCGACAAGGAUACAAAUGCCGAGAGUGUGGCCUCACCGCUCACAAGAUGUGCAAAGAUGUUAUGACAGUUACGUGCCGCCCUAAAAGCCUGAUUACAAGUCCCUUUACAGAAGCAUUUCAGAGUGGUUCAGGUAGAACGCGUUUCCGGCGCCGGAAGAAGUUAAAUAGUCAUUCGGAUGUGGACAGCUUGGAGAGCGGAUUGUUGGCCAUGGAUUGCUCUUGUGAUCUGAGUUGCCAGUCGCCUUGCAGUCGCCGUUCCAGCAUGAGCAUGUUGCACCACCAACAAGGAUCUUGUGAUUCCACCGAUUUCCAUCACCAAGAUCGUUUGUCGGACAAGUCUGACAAAUCAGCGUUGCUCGGUGGUCCGUUGGUGUCUGUUGGAUCGGGUGGCGGAAGCGAGACGAGCACUCCGGUGACUUCGCGCAGUCAAUUUUUCCGCAGCCCAAAGCGGCGCAGUUUGAUCGCGACCAGCAAUUCGGCGGCGGGGCCUGUCGCCGCCAGCAGUCCGAUGCCUAUUCGUCAGCGCAAGUCUUCGCUUUCUUUCACCAGUCCUUGUCGUAGUUUUCCAGGCACCGAUCCGUCCAUUGAAGGGCAGUCAUCGUUGGCGUUGCGCUCCUCGUUAUCCGCGUCGCCAAGGCGGAAGAUAAGUGACACGCUACAUUUUCUUGGGUCUCCUUCUUCGUCGUCGCACAAGUCGUCAUCACCCUGCCAAUGUCACGGGCAUCAUUCAUGAUCGACGUCAAGAAUCCAUAAAAGGAAAACAACAAACAAAAAACAAAAGGAAUUCAGAGCAAAUGAAAAAGACAAGAGGACUUGACUUGGAGCAGAGCGAUGAGUUCAAGUGCGUCGCCAGCAGUGAGCGCACGUGUUGCGUUUGAACGGGAAUCGAUAGGAAUGACGUGACGUAAUUGGUGUUUGUCCUCCCACGCUAUACUACGUGAGCGCGUGUCUAGCUCGGUGGGCGACUUCUUUUUCUCCAUAUCCACCACAUCUGCCACGUCCUUGGACUCUGUCCGACUGAAUGAUCGACAAUGUGGCUCUCGAGUUGUUAGAGUAUCCAUAUUUUACCUGAAUGACCGUAGCAGUACGUAUAUCCGCCCCCCUCCCUUGUUCACACCGUGAAAGCCUAAAAAUGCAACACAUUCAAAACAACAAAACCGAAACCACACGAUUUGAAAGAAAGAAAAGAAACGCGGUUUUGAUUGAACACUCACUAUACUCUAUGAAAUCACAAAUCGACUGCUGCAGCUCUGGUUGAUAUUUUAUUUGUGUUGCAUCACUUUAGAUUCGAAUUCGAAACGAAUUCGACCAAUUAUUUAUGCUAUUUCUACGAAGAAGCACAAGAGCGACAUGAGAUCUGGUGGAGAAUUCGUAGUUAGAAGUUCCUUCCGCGCACGCGCACAAACCAAAAAAAAAAAACAAAACCAAACCAUCAUUCAUUAUGUACAUGUCCUAUAUUGAAAAAAACAAAACCAGUCAUCGGCGCUAUAUAUAAGUGAUCUGUGUCCUUUUACAUAUUGCAAAAUGCUUCGCUGUUGUGUAUAUAUAGAUUUUCACGUCAAAUGCCGUAUUACGUAUGAUGUGUGUGUGCGCGAAAGAAUCCUUGUUUUUUCCUCCCCCCCAUCAGAGACAAUCUCGUAUUACCUGCGUGACACGAUCGUCACACUUAUGAUUGAGGUCUAUUAGGAGCAGAUAGAUUGUUCGUCAUUUGGCCCCUUGAUCAUGCUUUUUCUGUUUUAGUUGAGUCGUCAGUAUAGUUAAAUAUCACACGAGAAAAAGAAAAGAGAAAUCAUGGGUUCAUUCAUAUCGUGAAGAGAGAAUUGUCAAAUGAAAUAGGAUACCGAGAAAUCACGCCCACACGGGCGACACUUUUGAGUUUGAGCUAUAGAUGGCAUAUAUCGAUCGUCGUACCCUUUAUCACUUUGCAUUGAGAGUUGCAUCAUUAAGACUAUAUAUAUCAUCUGCCGCCGCUUCUUCUUAAUAGAAAUUUGAUUUCCGUACGAUAGGUGCCUUUCAGUCAUUUAGACCCGGAUGGAAAAACAAAAAAAUCCUCUCCAUGAAACUGAAGCAGCAGGAUCCCGAACCAAAUCAAGCAAAGAAUCCUCCUCCACGUUUAAAUGAAGAAAAAGAA